GUCACCUCUAAAACCGAGUUGUUGAGUAGGUAGAUAAAACGUCAAAUUGUCAAUGAAGAUCGUGAAUAGAAAAUAAUGUAUUUGAUCUAAACUAGAAAUUUCAUACUUUUCUAUAUUGUAGUAAAUGUUCAAUGAGUUCGCUGUCAUGCAAAGGUUAAUGCCAUUGUUAAUAAACUGUUUGAGUCUUGUCUGAUUGCAAAUCGCCUGAGAAGGAUAUGAAUUUCUGGUUUUCGGCGAAAAAUCUUAAGAGGUCACAUCAGCGGACUGUUUUUUAUCAUUAUGGUUUAUUGCAUUUAUGAUGAAAAUCUGAUAAAGUCUCUGUCCGAGCUUGCUACAAGUUUUCCGACUUCUAAGAUAUUCGAGCAGAGUUUGUCCAAUGGGCCAUUGUCUAAGCUGUUUCAAAAAUCAAGCUAAUGCAGAUAUUACCACUUCUCCACACAGAAAAAAGGAUGAGAUGACAGAAAUAGAAGUGACAGUCUCUGUUUAUCCCCAGCAAGAACCUCUUCUUAAUGAGAAUCAAAAUAGCAUUAGCCAGUUCAGAAACACAAGUUCCUCACAUGUUUCUAGCACAUUGUCAGGAGAACAGAGUCCUGUAGAGAUAAUCAAUACACACAAGUCAAUCACAGUUUCAGAGAGAACACCUAAACCAUUCUAUCAGAAGUUGCCAACCAUACCUAGGACUAUGUCAUCUUUGGGUACCAAUGACUCUAAAAUAUCUGAGUCUAAAAUUAUUCAGCUCUUUGAUCAAUACAAAGAUUCAUUAGAAGAUGCUAUAUUGGCUGAAGGUAUAGAAAACCUUUGUAAUGAUCUACAGUUGAACCCAGAUGACUUUAAAGUUUUGGUUUUGGCAUGGAAAUUAAAUGCUAGUCAAAUGUGUAGGUUUACAAAAUCUGAAUUUGUACAGGGCUUGAAAAAUAUGAAAACAGAAUCAAUUAAAGGUAUACAAAAUAAAUUAAAUGAAAUAACAAAUGAGUUGAAGAGGGAUACUGAACAUUUUAAGGAUUUGUAUAGAUUUACAUUUAAAUUUGGUUUAGAUGUGAGCACAGGCCAGAGGAUUCUGCCUACAGACAUUGCUAUUGUAUUGUGGCGUCUAGUCUUCACAAACAAUGAGCCUCCUAUAUUAGACAGAUGGUUGUUGUACUUGGAAAAGAAUCCACAUAUAAGAGGCAUUCCAAAGGACACUUGGUACAUGUUUUUAAAUUUUUGUGAAUUCAUUGGGGAUGAUCUCAGCAGUUAUGAUGACACAGAGGCUUGGCCUAGUCUCUUUGACGAUUUUGUGGAAUAUGAAAAUGAUCAAAUGAAUCAAAAUAUCAAGAAGAAUGAUAUCAAAACACAGGAUUAAUGUCCAUUGCCAAAUUUUAGCUUCUGUAGGUACUUAAUUAAGAUAUUAAGACUGAUAAUCUGAUAAUGAAUGUUCAAUGAUGUUAGUCUUGUAUCUCAGGUGAAGUUAAUGCUAUAAGGUAAAAGAAUGUAUUAUUAGUACUACAUACUGAACAAAAUUGUGUAGGUACAUAUUGUGAGAUUUCAAAGUGUACAUAAAGUACUUUUAUAUUUUAUAAAUGUUUAUCUUUAGGUUUAUUUUUAAAAUUAUUUAACAUUCCAGUAAUGGAAUUAGACAAAAAUUUUGUAAAUAUUGUUCUUAGUUGCAUCAAAGGUACCUUUUAUUUUCUUUAUGCUGUAUAUUUUUAUUUUACUUUUACCUUUCAUCAUUGCUAAUUUCAUUCUAAAUCUUGCACAAUCUAAAUAA